UGUAUGAAUCAACAAUGGCGAAUAUAUACAUGUUGUGGUGCUUUCUCGGAAAAUAAUCCUGUAACGGAACUAACGAUCUCGAAUUUUUUUCUUUUUUUACAAACAAUUUUAUAUAUUUUAUUAACAACGCCAAAUUUAAUGUGAACUGCAAAGCAUAUGACAUAGAUAUGUCUUCUACAUCUGGGAACACGGAGUCCUUUGAAGAAUUCUACACAGAGGUAAAGGAAAUAGAGAAAAGGGAUUCAGUAUUAACUCCAAAACAACAAAUUGAAAGACUUCUUCGUCCAGGAUCCACAUAUUUCAAUUUGAACCCGUUUGAAGUAUUACAAGUUGAACCAGAGGCAACACUUGAUGAAAUAAAAAGGAAAUAUCGCAGACUUUCUAUACUUGUUCAUCCAGAUAAGAAUAUUGAUGACUCGGAGAGAGCUCAACAUGCAUUUGAGAUUAUAAAUCGGGCAUGGAAAACACUUGAGUGUGAAGUUACAAGGAAGAAAUGUCUUGACAUAUAUCAAGAAGCAAAAGAACGUACAGAUCACAUGAUUGAACAGAAACGUAAAAAGCAAAGAAAAGAAGGCCGCCUAGAGGAAGGUAUACCUGAAGAUAAUCCCCUUAAGUAUUCACAUGCUGUGUACGUCAUGACUAUGAAGUUAUUUGCUGAUAUGGAGCGUAAACGUCAACAUCUGGAGACCCGCGACAUGGAGGAGAGGAAACGGAAGCGUGAGGCCGAGAUUGAGCUAGAGGAGCAAUCUACGAUGGAGAAGGAAUGGGCCAAGAACUUUGAGGAAUCUCGUCAAAACCGUGUGGACAGCUGGAAGACUUUCCAAUCUGGUACGAGUAAAGAGAAGAAAAAGAAGAAGAUCUUUGGAGGGUUCAAACCCCCCAAACUCAAACCUGAGAGCAGAUAGAAUAUCUCUUGCUCAUUGUACGCGCAUAAUUAAAAAAAAAACUCUUUAAGUGUAAGGUAUUAACAAUUAAGUAUGUGUGUUUGUAAAGCAAUUUCUGAGGCUGAACUACACACUGAGGUUAUGUUAUUAGUAAGUAAUUAAGAUUACAUAUUGUAAGAAAUGAAUAAAAUUGCAGGAUUUCUAUUAGUAACACCAAUUUUAGUGUUUUAGUAGGUACUGUGACUUUAAAUAAACAUUAUAUUUUAAAAAUAAAGAUUCAAGUUAU